UAUUUGAUUGUCACUGAGGAAGAAUGAUUCUGUGCGUGACGGUGGUGGGGAGCUGCAACAUCUUGCAAACAGUGCCUACAACACGACUUCUCCUUACGCAUGUUUCUGAGCCUGUUGAAUUGAGGGAUUAAGUAUAUUAUCGAGUGAAAUGGCCUGAUAUUGUCAGCUGGGCAUUUCGGCCCGUUCCGAAUUGAAAGAGCUUCUUAUGAAGUAUACGUAUGCUGCGAAAUUCAAAGACCAGUAUCUCAGUGGACGGGCUCAUGGUGGACUAAUUUCCUUGUCUGAACUUGUCUCCCCCGUAUGUCGGUGGCUUAGAACGGAUUACCCUGCGGAUUAUUAUUGACAAACGGUAAAACGCAAACUGCACUGUUGUCGAUCGAAAUAUCACGUAUUUGGUUCCUUUAGAACCAACUAAAUAGACCAGAAUUAAUGUGGCAUUUUGGUAUUGGACAUCACCGAGGAACAUGUGUACCAUUGUAUUAUAUAUGUGAGUUGAUUGAUUUUGGGCUAGACCCGGUGGAGAAGAGUAUGCAUAGCACAGCGUGUAAUUGGCAUAUACAUUUGGCGGCCUUUCUAUCGUCCGGUUGGAUUCACGAGAAGAUGCAGGGCACAUACGUUCAAGUAGCUGAUAACAUGAGAGAAAAAGCUAAGAAGAUAAGAGUAGCUGACAUGGGAGAAAAAGCCAAGAUAAAAGUGUACUCCACUGUGAAACGGAUUGGAAAUAUCGUCACGAACUCAACGAGAAGUGGCGAAUUCGACAGGGUUCCAAAGAUCAUCCAUCAAACGUACAGAUCUAAAGAUAUACCAAACGCUUACAAAGGCUGCAUCAAAUCCUGCUUAAGUUUGAACCAGAAUUGGACGUAUAUGUUUUGGACGGAUGAUGAUGGAUUACGACUCGUCAGGGACCAUUACCCCAAGUAUCUUUCGUUGAUAAAACGUUACGAGCACUACAGUUACCACCGAUUGUUACGUGCGGACGCGCUGCGUUAUAUCAUCCUUUACCAUUAUGGUGGCAUCUAUUUAGACAUGGAUUUCGAUUGUUUGAAACCUUUCGACAAACUUCUGGAUUUCGGGACGUGUGUGCUAGCACCUGAGGUUCAUGUUCAAAGUUUUAUGAUCUACAAAAUCCCCAGCUUAAUUUCUAACGCCAUAAUGAUAGCGAGGCCUCGCCAUCCUUUCUUUCGUCACGUUAUAUACAACUUGGCGAAGUUUCUGACGCCUGGCCAGCGGGUUGUGAUCCGCCUGACGGGUCCUAUUGCUCUGCAGCAUAUGCUGGAAGACUUCACGAAGAAGCCCUGCAGAAAGGGGGACAGGAUGUGUGAGGUAACCGUCAUAGACCCUUUACUCCUUUUACCCACCGCGGAUACGACGCAAUACCCCAAAAUGGUGAAAUUCGUCGAGAGCACUUGUCACAAGGAACAAUUGACAGAAUCGGAAGGGAAAGUGUGUAAAUGGACUAAAGACAACAAGUUUCAUCUUAAUAACAAUUCCAUUCCUGCUAAAGCUUUUACUAAUCAUCUGUGGAUGCACCUGGAAUAUUUCAAACUGUCUAACAAGGGUAGGACUUCCAUUGAUACAAUUAUGGCUGAGAGUCAUCACAGUCCAGUGCGAAGAUACGGACAAGUGACGCCGACGAUACGGGGUUAGUCCUCGCCAGUAGAUAGCUUUUGGUGGUGGUGGUGGUGGGAGGUGGAUGGGGGGAGGGGCACGACACCUCUCAAUCUUUGCCACUGUCAGCCUGAAUAUCUUCCCAACGUCUAAAUGAUAAGUCCUAACACACUUUCUGGUGUCCAUUGGGGGCACUUGCCCACCCCGUCCGUGGCCCUCGCUACGGCUCUCCGUGAACAACCAUAAUGUACCGGUAACAUGUGUAGCAGGACCUUGCUACUAAGGCACCAUUUAGAUUCAACAUUUGUCCCAAGCUGACAGGUAUCCUGAUAACAGAGGCAAAUUGAGCUACAAAUUAAGAUAGACCAAAAUCAGUGGCAUAACCUUUAUCAUGGUGUCCUGGUAGCGGAGAUGCCAUCCGCCAAAAGAAGUUCUGCUCCACCUAAAGUUUUUUAAGACGACUGAAGUAUUUCCAGUAUAGUCGUGUUGUUUAGGCCUAUUGCCUGUACGACACUACCAGUAUUUUUGUGCCAUAAUCAAUUUUUACAUCAAGCCUGGUUCCCCUCAUUUGGUUCUUUUUUCUCAUUCAACUUGUAUUCCGAUCCUUGGUGAUUAAAACUGUAACAUCACCGGGCAUAUGGUUUGUCUGAUGAAAUACAGUGAUGUAAUUCGA